AUGCUUUCAUCAUCUCUUCGUAUCAACUACAUUCUUCUCUUUUCGCUCUUCGGCCAUACUGCGUGCUUGAUGAGAGGAAAUGAGACUGACAAACUUGCCCUGCUCCAAUUCAAAUCCCUGAUAAGCGAGGACCCUUUCGGGGCGCUCGAAUUCUUGGAACGACACCAUUCACUUUUGCGAGUGGCAUGCGGCCACUUGCAGCCCGAGGCAUGGGAGAGUCACCGUUCUCGAUCUGCAAUCUUUCAAGCUCGCAGUCUCAAGGUCAUUCAACUUGCUCACAACCAUCUUGUCAGAGAGAUUCCAUCGGAGUUGGGCACAAUAGCAAAGCUUGAGGUGCUCUCUAUUCGCAACAACUAUCUCACUGGUGAGAUCCCAUCCUCGAUCGGCAAUUUGUCGUCUCUUCAUACGCUCUCUGCAGCUAUAAAUCAUUUACACGGGAGCAUCCCCGGAUCCCUGGGUCAGCUCAAGAAGAUUCGCGUACUUGAAAUUGCUGCAAUCAAUCUGUCCAGUACAAUUCCUCCAUCAAUGUUAAAUUUAUCCACUCUGACCGUUAUUACUCUCACCUCAAACCAUGGCACACACGGACGUCUUCCUACAGACCUGUUCACCACACUCCCAAAUCUACAGGACAUCGGUCUUGAUGCUAAUCUUAUCUCAGGAUCAAUUCCGGUCUCAAUAUCUAACGCGUCAAACUUGUUGAGAUUUCGGGCUGCAUGGAACAAGCUCAGUGGGACAGUUCCUUCCUUAGCAAAGUUGUCUAAGCUACGCAGUUUAUUGAUCUUCAAGAGCUAUCUAGGAACCGGGGCAGACAAUGAUUUAGAUUUCCUCUCUUCCCUGGGGGAAAUUCCUCCUAUUCUAGGCAAGCUGCAAGCUCUAAAUGUUCUUUCUCUCUGUGCCAACAACUUCAGUGGUCCCAUACCCCCUGAAAUUUUCUACCUUUCAUCGUUGUCAAUUUUCUUUGCCCUUUCACGAAAUAGUUCGGUAGGUUUCCUGCCUGCCGAGGUUGGGAAGUUGAAGAAUUUAGGAGCACUGGAUGUCUCAGAAAAUAUGUUAUCCAAUGAUAUUCCAGGCACUGUUGGAGCUUGUAUAAGCUUGGAGCAGCUCCAUAUGGCGGGAAAUAAUUUCCAAGGGCCCAUUCCAUCAACUUUAAUUUCCUUGAAGAGUCUGCAGUGGUUGGAUCUUUCUCGGAACAAUCUCUCCGGAGAGAUUCCAAGAUUCUUGGAGGGCCGGGACAUGCUUCAGCUGCUGAAUCUGUCCUAUAACAAUUUUGAGGGCAUGGUACCGAGCGAUAGAGUCUUCAACAAUGCAAGCGCGGCUUUUGUCACAGGGAAUGACAAGCUGUGCGGUGGCGAUGUUUUCAGCUUCGGCAUUCUCCUGUUGGAGCUCUUCACUGGGAAAAGACCCACCGAUGAGAUGUUUAAUGAAAGUCUCAACCUCCAAAACUUUGUCAAGAAAGCUUUGCCUGGUCAAAUGGGAGAGAUCAUAGACCCGAUGCCGCUCGAGGAAGACGAAUAUAUUGAUUUGACAAUGAAGGGAAAUGACCAAGAUCGAACCAACAACAGAAAAAGCAGAGUUAAGGAGUGUUUGGCUUCAGUGUUUCACGUUGGAGUGGCUUGCUCUAAUGAACAACCGAAGGAACGAAUGAGCAUUGCCGAUGCAGUGGCUGAGCUGAGCUCAAUCAGAAAUAAACUCGUUGAAUGA